ACUCUCUCAACAUUCCCAUCCAGCUAACAAUAUGGGAAGCACGUCCCGUACUCUAGAAAUCACAGUCUUAUCCUGUGAAGACUUGCGCAUUGAUCGAAGAUUGGUGAAGAAGAACACCUAUGUCAUGGUUAGAACGGACCCUCUAAACUAUCGUACUACAAAGAUGGAUACAGAAGGAGGAGCUUACCCUUCCUGGAACCAAAAGCUCACAAUCGACAUGCCAUUGCAUGAACGAUUUAUAACGUUAGAAGUUCACUGCAAGACGGCUUCCGGGGAUAGAACUAUUGGGACGUCCAGGAUGCCGACGACAGAUUUCAUGGGAGGCUAUUUGCCAGAGAAUUAUUUGAACUUCUUGAGUUACAGGUUAAGGGAUGCUAAAGGUGAGAGAAACGGAAUUGUUAACGUUUCAGUAAAGGUGAAAGUGCCGGAAUAUUAUUUGUCUUCCAUUAACAACAAGAAGGUGGUGCCAGAAAAUAACUCUUUUUCUAUGACGUCAAAGCCGGUGCCGGCGAUCCCGAUUGGCAGCGGCAAGAAUUUUGGCAUUGUGAUUGGUAUUCCCGUUUUGGGUGUCAAUCAAGUCUAAUCCUUUUUAUUUUUUUCUUUUAUUUUCAUAGAAUUAAAGCGAUUUCGUAUACAAUCUUGAGAGGUUGGUGUUUCUGUUUAA